GCAGGCGCUAGUUUCCGCUUUCUCCACGCUGGUUCCGUGUGUCAUCGGUGCCUCACGUCCGCCUGGCUGUGGCUGUCUCGUGUUUGAGUGUGAUCUGGUCUGUCACCGAGGCCACGAUGGGCAAAACUGCUGGCUUUCUGGAUCCGGGAGCCCGGCCGGACCCGGUGCGGAGCUUCAAUCGCUGGAAGAAGAAACACAGCCAUAAGCAGAACCAAAAGAAGCAGCUGAGGAAGCAACUGAAGAAGCCCGAGUGGCAGGUCGAGAGAGAGGUUAUCAGCCGCCUCAUGCAAAACUACGAGAAGAUAAAUGUUAAUGAAAUUACGAGAUUUUCAGAUUUCCCCUUGUCCAAAAAAACAUUGAAAGGUUUGCAAGAAGCCCAGUACCGUUUGGUAACUGAGAUACAGAAGCAGACCAUUGGGUUGGCUUUGCAAGGUAAAGAUGUGCUUGGAGCUGCCAAAACUGGAUCUGGCAAGACUUUGGCUUUCCUUGUUCCAGUACUGGAAGCCUUAUAUCGUCUGCAGUGGACCUCAGCAGAUGGGCUGGGAGUUCUGAUAAUCUCGCCUACCAGAGAACUGGCUUAUCAGACCUUUGAGGUUCUCCGAAAAGUGGGAAAGAAUCAUGACUUUUCAGCUGGUCUCAUCAUUGGUGGAAAGGAUCUGAAACAUGAAGCUGAGAGGAUCAAUAACAUAAAUAUCCUAGUUUGCACACCCGGUCGACUUCUUCAACACAUGGAUGAAACAAUAUGUUUUCAUGCUACCAAUCUCCAAAUGUUAGUUCUUGAUGAAGCAGAUAGAAUCUUGGACAUGGGCUUUGCUGAUACUAUGAAUGCCGUUAUCGAAAAUCUUCCUAAGAAACGUCAGACUUUGCUUUUCUCAGCAACACAAACCAAAUCUGUAAAGGACCUUGCACGCUUGAGUUUGAAAAACCCUGAGUAUGUCUGGGUUCAUGAGAAAGCAAAAUACAGCACCCCUGCCACUUUGGAACAGAACUACAUAGUUUGUGAGCUGCACCAAAAAAUAAGCGUGCUAUAUUCCUUUAUGAGAAGUCACCUGAAGAAGAAGAGUAUUGUAUUUUUCUCCAGUUGUAAACAGGUUCAGUAUCUGUACCGAGUGUUUUGCCGACUACGUCCUGGUGUUUCUAUCCUUGCCCUCCAUGGUCGACAGCAGCAGAUGAGAAGAAUGGAAGUUUAUAAUGAAUUUGUCCGCAAGAGAGCUGCCGUACUCUUUGCUACGGAUAUUGCAGCCAGGGGGCUGGAUUUCCCAGCUGUGAAUUGGGUUCUUCAGUUUGACUGUCCAGAGGAUGCCAACACAUACAUUCACAGAGCAGGUAGAACUGCCAGGUACAAAGAAGAUGGUGAAGCUUUAUUAAUUUUGCUUCCCUCGGAAGAAAAAGGGAUGGUGCAGCAGCUCCUCCAGAAAAAAGUACCUGUGGAGGAAAUCAAAAUCAAUCCAGAAAAACUUAUAGAUGUCCAGAAAAAAAUGGAAUCGUUUCUAGCCCAAGAUCAAGAUUUAAAAGAAAGAGCACAAAGGUGUUUUGUCUCCUACAUACGUUCAGUAUAUCUGAUGAAGGAUAAAGAAGUGUUCGAUGUGAGCAAGUUGCCUCUACCUGAAUAUGCUCUGUCUCUUGGUCUUGCUGUGGCACCGCGAGUGAGAUUUCUUCAGAAAAUGCAGAAACAACCCACCAAAGAAUUGUUAACGAGCCAAACCAAGAAAGUAAUUGAGCCAAGGGCUCCCUCCCUGACCAAUGAUGAAGUAGAAGCAUUUAGAACCUAUUUCAGUGAGAAAAUGUCCAUCCUUCAGAAAGGUGGGAAAAGAUCAGAAGAGACAGAAUACAGACUGGCUAAUGGUAGUAGUGAUGAAGAGGAGGAGGAGGAGGAGGAAGUCGAAGAAAUAGAAGAGAAAGUGGGAAAAUCAAAAGGUUCUCGAACUGUUUCUGACACCAGUGAGACACAGAAGAUCAAGGAAGUUCCUGUGCAGUUCAUGGACAGAGCAGAGGAGGAUGAUGAUGAACCUGAUGCUGAUUUCUUUAAGGUGAAGCGGCACAAUGUGUUUGGGUUGGACCUUAAAGAAAAGAAAGCAUUACAAAACAAAGAACCCUCUAAAUCUAGUGUCAAGAAAAAAGUAACCAAAAUUGCAGAAGCAAAAAAAGUAAUGAAGAGAAAUUUUAAAGUGAAUAAGAAGAUAACAUUUACUGAUGAAGGGGAGUUGGUUCAGCAGUGGCCACCAGUGCAGAAAUCCAUUGCAGAGAACACUGAGGGAGAGGAUGAUGCUGGUGGUAUCAACUUAGAUACAGCAAAGGAAAGGCUUCAGGAAGAGGAUAAAUUCGACAAAGAAGAAUAUAGGAAGAAGAUUAAGGCCAAACAUCGGGAGAAAAGACUGAAAGAAAGGGAAGCCAGAAGAGAAGCCAACAAGAGACAAGUAAAGGCCAGAGAUGAAGAGGAAGCCUUUCUGGAUUGGAGUGAUGAUGAUGAUGGUGGAUUUGAUCCCAGCACCCUUCCAGAUCCUGAUAAGUACAGACGCUCUGAAGAUUCAGAUAGUGAAGAUACGGAAAAUAAAAUUGGUGAUACCAAGAAGCAGCAGGGAAUGAGAAAAAGGAACAAUAGUAAAAUAGAAGACACGGGACCACCAAGUCGUAAUAGAAAAAAGGCCAAGUGGGAGACAUUAGAGCCUUUGGAUACGGGCCUAUCUUUAGCAGAAGACGAAGAGUUGGUGUUACAUCUACUUAAAAGUCAAAGCUAAAUAGUUCCUGCUUUUGUCUUCUUCUUGAAACCAUGGGUCAUGAUUGUGUGGACAAGAAGUUGGAAAUAAUUGGCUUUAGGUCAUUCCAGUAACACAAGUCCUGCACCCAAAGGACCCAUUCUCCAGACAGAAGUGAUUGUUUGUGUAAGCCACUUUCGCAGGACGUGGUUGCUCCCUCACACAGUAAACCCAGAGUUAGAGUGGACUCUAACAUUUCCUGAUCACAUUUUCCAGCAUGUGCUCCGUUAGACUUUAUCCGUGGAUUCCUAAAUCUCGUCACUGGAAAUGCUUCCUUUGUUUUACCAUCAAGUUCCAGAGAUCUUAUUCCAUUGUUUGAAAUUCCCGUCUUGCUUACCAUUCAAAAAUUUCUAUGUAUUGUUGAACAGAAUUGCUAACAAUUUAGUUGUAUUUAAUACCUCCAGAGUAUGAUGGACCAGCCCUGAGAAAAAAAUGAGUAUUUUUAAAUUGAGAUGAUAAAAAAAUAAACAUAUUUCCUAUAAAAUAAAAUAUGAAUGUUUUCAUUGUGUCCAGUAAUAGAAGAACUCCCUGAAGGGGAGGUUUUUUAGGUUAAAAAUUUAGGUUAGGUUAAAAUGCUUUGCCAAUGCCUGCAACAGUGAAUUCAUCAUGUUGUCGAGUCACUCUUCUCACAGUUAUCACUCAACACUUGCAGACUUGUAGUGUUAGGGCCUGAAUCUGAAGACCUUGUGACUUAAAACCUCAUCUCUUACUUAGGACACAUUAACGUUAGGUCUUCUGCACCUGUCCUUUUCAGCAGGUGUACAGAUCCCCACCCAGAGCCAGGUUCUGAUAAUGAGUCAAAAGCAAAGCAAGACAGAGUCUCUUUUUUGUUACAAAUAACUCCCAGAUUCUUCAAAGAAAAAGGACAUGGUAAAGAAAUCUGGGCCUUGGCGUGAAACCAGUGAUUUUAUCAUAGAUUUGUCACGCUCUCACUAUUCUUUUCUUACUUCCCACGUCACAUAAUAAUACAGAAAAAUAAUUCCAGUGACAGGUGCAAAUCAAUUCUGAAUCCGAGGAAGGCAACUGAUGGCAAAUGCUUACUGAGUUAAAUGGACAGUAAUAAACCGAGGUAGUUUUAAAGAGCUACUUAGCACAUUGCUCCAUCACCUGCGGUAGGAACGAUACAGAGUGAUGACAUGGUUAUAAAAGGAGGGAAAAGAAAGCCAGAUGAGGAAGAAAUUGGGAGUAUAACAGCCUGUGAAGAUUUUUAAAUUAAGGUUUCUGGGGAAGAAUCUGUUGGCCUUGAAUGUUCUCAAAGGAUGUAUGAUGCAAAAGUGGAUAAACUAAAGGUUUACCAUUGAAUUCACUCUGCGGUUUUAGAUUUUGUUUUUUCUAACCCAAAUAAAGAAUUACGACAUUUAAAUUAUUCUCUUCAUCUGAACAUAGAAUAAAAUAUAAGGUUCUUGGCUCACUGUAAGUCUAUACUCAAAAAAUGGAUAUAUACUGAAGAAGUCCAAAUUAGCUACUGUUUUUAGCUACCCAUUGAGCUUUUUGACCCACCCCCUUUUUUUGUGGGAGUAGACCCUAUCAUGUCUUGACACCCACGGUGGGCACAUGACCCAAAUCUGGCCAGCUAUGGUAACCCAUUCUCCUAGACAGAGAGAUUGGACCAGGGGUGAGUAUAAUACCGAGGCAGGGAUGACUAGACUCCCGUAAGAGUGAAAGGCAGAUGGUAGACAUAAGUUUCUUACGUGGGGAGUUUACUAAAGGAGGAGGGUGUGACUGAGGCUGAUGCUGAGAGGCUGUGCAACACCUGGAGGUGAGCAGAGUAAAGAGAGAAGAGCGAGCCCUGAGGGCAUCACACAAGCUGCUGUCCCUGGGCUUCCCAGUUCUGUUGCGAGUCAAUACGUUUCUUUUUUACAAAACUACUUUGGUUGUAGUCUGUCCCAAGAACAGAAGGGAUCCUACUAACAUAUACAUUUUAGGGGAU